UAGUGAAACUUUUCUAUCGAUUACGCACGUAACAAUUGUGCUAAAACGCUUCUUGAAAAUUUUUAUAAAUGUGCUAAGCUACUUGCAACCAUAGAGCAGGAUGUUGCUGCUGUAGACAACGAGGUUGAAGAGCGGAAAAAGCAAAAGGAACAAACCAGAGCAUAAAGAGCUUAGGUGAAGCAACUCGGAAGUGAAAAGGAAGAACAGCAGCGAGGCAUCCAGAAGAGACAGUAAAAUUUACUGUACAUUAAAAUGAAUCCUUACAAUCAGGGUGGCGGUCCAAACCCAUUUGGGGCUCCCACGGGUGGUGUGGGCUAUGGGCAACAAGCACCACAGCAACCGGGCUAUGGCUACGAUCAGCAGACAUCUGGUUAUGAUCAAGGCACGAGUGGCGGUGUAGGUUAUGUGCAGGAGGGCGCAGGCUAUGGACCGCCUGGCGCUAGACCACGUGUCGAUGUGGAGGCCAGUGGCGAAGUGGAUCCCAGCUUAUAUCCCGAGGCAAAAGAAUCAACGCACAAAAUACGCGGCCACUCGGACAUAUUGGAAAUGUUUUUUGGGCCAACAGAGCAUGAGCUCAUACCGGUGAAGAGCUUUUACUUUUUCUUCUAUGCCGCCUUUGGAUCUUUGUUCCCCCUGAUGGGCGUUUACUUUAAGCAAAUGGGUAUGAAUCCUGGCCAAUGCGGUAUAUUAGUGGGCAUGAGGCCAUUUGUGGAGUUUCUCUCGGCGCCGUUCUGGGGCUCGUAUGCCGAUCGCUGCCGACAGGGCAAGAAGCUGCUGCUUGCAUCGUUGGCUUGUUGGGUGCUGUUCACCAUACCGCUUAGCUUCAUACGCCCAGAGGCCGUCAAUUGCAUAGAGCGACGAAAUGCCACGGACUUUGUGCUCACUUACACGCGCACCAAGCGCGAUCUCUCUGCAGUCUACGACAUGGCUGAAGUACCUGAGCACUAUGACGGAACCUUAACCAUGGAUGAGGAUCCCGAGGAGUCGCACGAUAGGCGGAAGCGUUCUCUGCUGCUGCCCCGCAUCGAUGCCGGAAUUUCCCCAGUGCACAUCAACUUUGUCAGCAACUACGACCAUAAGUAUCAUCGCGACUAUGUGACUCCCAUCUUCAGUUCUAUGGUCUAUCGCACUCCGGACAUACAAAAAGCAUUCUUUUUAUUGCUGCUAGUCAUAUUGAUUGGUGAGUUCUUUAGCGCACCCGCCAUUACGCUGGCCGACUCGGCAGUCAUCACGUUGCUUGGUGAGGAUGCGGACAAAUAUGGGCACCAGCGCAUGUUUGGAUCGUUGGGCUGGGGUAUAUCCAUGUUUCUCGUAGGCAUUGCCCUGGACCACUCCACCUCGUUUUCGAAUCAUCCUUGCGGUGCUGGUAAUAAGGAAAAGAACUACAACAUAUGUUUCUCCAUAUUCUCCGUGCUCAUGACAUGCGCAAUAAUUUCUGCCUCAAGGAUCACAUUCAAGUACGAUCCAUUGGACGAGCAGCAACAGCCUGCGGCGCAGUUCGUAGAUCCCAACCAAAAAGCAGAGGAUGAGUCCAUGAAUCAGCUUGCGGCCCAGCUCAAUUUACCAUCACUGGCAGUGGGUAGCGGCAGUGCCGCGUCGGGUGUCUGUGCCGGUGGCAUAAGUAGUUAUGUUGCUUCCAGCCAUCAGCCGCAGCCGCAUAUAGGCGCCGAGUCCAAGGUGUUUGCACAAACGGCCAAAGAGAUGCCAGAGUGGAUGACGGUGCUCACGCACUUUAAGGAUCUGAAGACCGCCUCGUUCCUGUUUGUUGCGUGGUUCAUGGGAUUCGGAAUUGGUCUGAUCUUUACGUUCCUAUUCUGGCAUCUGCAGGACUAUGGUGGCACGCCUACGCUCUUUGGUGUUGCCUCUGUUAUCAAUCAUGUUUCUGAGAUCUUUGCCUACUUCUUUAGUUUCCGUUUGAUCACACAAAUCGGCCAUGUAAAGGUCCUGUGUCUGGGUCUAAUUGGUAAUGUGCUACGUUUUCUGUACAUUUCGUAUCUGACCAAUCCUUGGAUGGUGCUGCCUUUCGAGUUGAUGCAGGGCAUCACGCAUGCGGCUGUGUGGGCCGCUUCUUGCUCAUACAUUGCCCAUAAUACUCCGAAGCACCUGCGCGCCUCGGCGCAAGGCGUGCUCCAAGGUAUCCACCACGGCUUGGGGCGUGGUUGUGGCGCCAUUAUUGGCGGCAUGUUUGUCACCUACUACGGUACUACUGCUACCUUCCGUUGGUAUGGUAUUGCCUGCUUAUUUGUUCUGGGCUUCUUCAUCUUUGUGAACUUCUACCGCAAGGAGCAGGGCUUCAUAUCGGACAUUCCCGUGACCGAGGACCCACACCAGGUGGCUGAGGAAACGUCACAUCUGGCGCCCCAUGGCGUGCCCAGCAACCCCAUUCCACGCGCGCUCUCCAACUCGCGUUUAAAUGAAAUGAAUCCUAACGGCGGUACUGGAAAUACAUACGGAACCUAUCAGACCACUGGCGGAAACUUGGACAUACCUGGAGCUAAUCCGCACAAUCCUUUUGCACAGUAAAUCUCAUUACCAUACACAAGUACGGGUAUUUGCCAUUCAAAACAAUUUUGUUCGCAGUCUAUGGGUUCAUAAAUUUGAUUUUAAUAGAUUGAAAAACCAUUCUAAUCCAUAUUAUAGGUAUAUAAUAAUACAGAUUCGGUUAAUAGUUUAAACACCAACAGCUAUGCCGAUUCGCAUAGAAGUGUGAAUAUAUUUUGUAAAUUUCAAACAUUUUAGUUUUGCAAAGAUAUAUUACAAAAUCGACCAGCGUUCUGAAGAUUAUGCAUAUAGUAUAUGUAUAUGUACUAUGUCUAUGUUUCCUGAGUGUUCACAUUCGGACAUAGUAGCCUGUUUUCCACACGAUCAUUAGCUAUGGCUAAAACCAUUCUAAAGCCCAUUCUAAUUCCAUAUUAUAAAUAUAGAAUAAUACAGAUUCUAUUAAUAGUUUAAAAUCCAUAGUUAUGCAAAUUCUCAUAAAAGUGUGAACAUUUCUUUUUGGAAUAGGUUUCUUAUUUUUAGUAAAAUCAAAUAUUUUAGUUUUGCAAAGAUAUCUUAGAAAAUCUACCUGCGUCCUGAAGAUCAUUCAUAUAGUAUGUACUAUGUCUAUGUUUCCUGAGUGUUCACAUUCUUACAUAGUAGCCUGUUUUCCACACGAUCGUUAGCUAUGGCUUAAACCAAUAUUAUUUUAUUUCUUUAUGCAUACAAUAUACGAGUAUGUAUGUAUACCUAAUACCUAUAACAUAGAGAUACGUUAGGUGCAACCUUUUGUAUUACUAAGGACGGUCUAGUGAAAUGAGGGAAAGGUCGAUAGGGAAAUCGGGUGUGCUACUGAACAUGGAGAGCAGCAGCGAAAACGAACAAAAUAUAACCCUAAACAUAUCUUGGAGGUUUGCCUGCAAAGUAUUUACAUAGAUGCAUAUAUUUGUAUAUUUGUUGCUUAGAAGGAUUUUCUGCUCAUAUACAAAUAAGUUCGUGGACACAUUGAUUGCGUAUGCAAUCGGAAAACGUGCAUAUGUGUAGGUAUAUUUUAUAUAGAACAAGUCGCAUGUUUAGUUGCAAGUAAAUUAUACAUAACUGCACUGCAAGUACAUACAAAUAAGUAUAAUACACAAAUAGCUUAAUUAUCCAAUGCAGGUAUAUACAUAUGUAUGUACUCAGCUGUAUAAGCAACACACACAGACAGAAAACAUCAGUAAAAUAAUUUUGUUAGUUGAACUUAAUAUAAAGGCUCCGUUUUAUGUUUAAAUUGUCGACCGCGACUUGAACGAAUUUUCAUGUAGCGCUGCUUAGUAUAGAACAAAAUUUACAUACAUACUUACAAAUGUAGGUACAAAUUAUAAACAUAUAACUGUAAAACGUACAUAGUAGAUAGCAUUGCUAUAUGUACGAGAUAUUUUAUAUUUUAUUUGCAUCGCAAUCAUAUCAAGAAAACGGGGGCUAAGGGCUCAGCAAAAGCGUUAACAUGACCGCAGCUGUGUUAUAAUUAUUUUAUAAUUUUUUUGUCACUUUGCGGAUUGUGCUGGAGCAUGGCACUUAGUUAAGUGAACAAAGAGUGUAGUUUCAUACAUAGAUAAAACAGAGGCUAAUGAAUAAUGCAAAUACAUAGAGGAACAAACUUUAAAAGAAAAACCUAUUCUAUUAAUAUAGAACAUACCACACAGUAACAAAUAUUGAUUUCAUAUUAAGUACGAGUAUUUACUUCGUAUAGUAAAUACAAGUAUAUCUAGGUGGUGUGAAAAGUGGCAGGAUUGGCAUUUAAACGUUAAGUAGAGGAGCAUAAUUCAUAUCCAUACGUACUCGUACAUACAUACAUAGAUACUCGCACUUGAGCCAACCUAAUCAUACAUACAUAUUGUACCUAUAAAGCAUAAAGCAUGCAACAUGUGUAUUGAUAUUUUAUGUUAGUUUAUUGUAUGUAUAUCGAAAUCGAAAUAUGAAAGUCAGUUGCGGCGUUAAACACCGUCGCAUUAAUAUAUGCAAAUACAUACGUGUAUAUUUAGAGUUUGAUUUAAUUACAAAAGUAAAUAUACUUAAAUUAGUAUUGACGAUAAACGUGUUAUUUUGAUGAUUUACAGAAAUCGAAAUUUGCAUAUUUAUUUAUUGAAAUUUACAUGUCUUGAACAUAAAUAAAAAAUAUCUUUAUAUAAAUGUAGUUGUUUAUAAAGUAGAGGUUACUACAGAAGGUAGAUAUAAAGUAAAAGGCAGUCAUGGAGCUUACUCGCUAUAUAGUCUUAAAUCAAUGUGCAUUCCUGUCCAACCAAGGGCGAUUUGUAAUCUUUAAAGUACUUCAGUGUAAGCUGCUUAACUGCCGAUAAUAACAAAAAUAAAAGAAGAGAACAAACCUCAAACUUGGAGGUAUUCAAACAAAUGUUGUAACGAAUGAUAUUAUGGAAAUCCGCCUCAUUGCAAUCAACUGUUAAAUAUUUUAAUUUUUACAAACUAUAUAUAUAUAGACAAAUUAUAUAUACAUACAUACACAAGAAAUUGCUAUUUUGGCAUAAUAUAAAAGCACCAAAAACAUAAAUAUGUAAAUCAUAUGAAAUAAAAAAAACUGUGUCUAGCUAGAUAUGCAGAUGUACCUAAGAUAUAUUUUGUUUUAACAAAACUGUUUAGCUUGAUAUGUGUAUUAGAAAACUCUAUCUCUCUCUCCCUCUCCCUCUCUCUCUCUUUCUCUGUCUCUAUUUAUAUAUACAUAUACAUACAUAUAUAUUUAUAUACAUACAAACAUUUAAAUUGUAUUGAAUAUUGUUAAUGAUAAAUAUGUAUUAAAUAAUGUUAAUGGUCUGUUUAAAGUACAUUGCUGACUCGA